CGAAUAUCCUACCUGCCUUGUGUCGUAGCCUACAGGUACUCAUAUAUCGAUGAAUGUUACAUGGAACGGAGGUAGAGCCCGAUCGACAACCAGCCCUCUUAAAGAAUAACCGCUCCCAUUGGCAACCACGUGUAACCUCGCCAUUGGACACCGAUUCGACCACCACGAAGCUAGUAACACUGCUGCUAGAAAAUGGGCAUUUUCGACGUCAAUGGUGGUAAAUCCUACUACACCAGCACCUCCGAAGCAUUCCUCAACCCGAACGCAGGCCAUGGCUCCUCUUCACGUCGCGGCGUCUCUCCAGCGCGCUCCACACGCAGUGUGAAAACGAACGGCAGUUCCGGAGGCUAUCAAGUUCGUCCCAGCGCAUCCAAUCCUCACUCUCGACCGCAGUACGCUCGGAGCGCGAGUGGAUCGAUCUUUGGGAACUUUGGAGGGAGCAGUCGUGGACCAAGUUCGAGGAGCAUCUUUGGAAGUGGGAGUGGAGGCUCUUCCUACUAUAAGAGAAGACCACGGGAUGGGUAUAUCAGUUAUCUGGUGCAUAAGUUGCAGAGGAUGAUCAAAGAGCUUUGGAUAUAUGCGAAGAAGCAUCCUGUAAAGGCGUUCUUUGCGGUGGUGGUGCCAUUGUUGAGUGCUGGGGGUGCCAUUGGGGGAUUGUUGAAGCAGUUUGGUGUCACACUGCCCAUGGGUAUCGGAGGCAGUUCUUCGAGGAGUGGAGGUAAUGUGUACUAUGGCAGUCGAGGCUAUGGUGAGGACAGCAGCAACUGGUCGGACGCUGGUGGAUUGAUGAGUCAGGCCGGGAGUCUGAUGUCAGUGGCCAAGAUGUUCGUAUGAGUGGAAGAGACGGAUCUGCGGAGAGCAAGUGAAAAGCGACAAGCGCAAGCUUCGGCAGACUGUUUAUGUCUGUUAAACGGAUACCCUUUAAAUAUUUAUGCAGGUUUGGAAAAGGCGCUUGGUGGCUACGGUUUAACGAUAAAAAUGAGCAGCAAAACGUCAAAUCUACGAAGACAUUUUCAG